AUGGCCGCGUCCACCAUGUCCAUCUGCUCCAGCACCUGCACCGACUCCUGGCAGGUGGACGACUGCGCAGAAAGCUGCUGUGGGCCCCCCUGCUGCGCCCCCAGCUGCUGCGCCCUGGCCCCCUGCCUGACCCUGGUCUGCACCCCAGUGAGCUGUGUGUCCAGCCCCUGCUGCCAGGCGGCCUGUGAGCCCAGCCCCUGCCAAUCAGGCUGCACUAGCUCCUGCACGCCCUCGUGCUGCCAGCAGUCUAGCUGCCAGCCGGCUUGCUGCACCUCCUCCCCCUGCCAGCAGGCCUGCUGUGUGCCCGUCUGCUGCAAGCCUGUGUGCUGCAAGCCUGUCUGCUGUGUGCCCACCUGCUCUGGGGAUUCCUCUUCAUGCUGCCAGCAGUCUAGCUGCCAGCCAGCUUGCUGCACCUCCUCCUGCUGCAGACCCUCGUCCUCCGUGUCCCUCCUCUGCCGCCCCGUGUGCAGGCCUGUGUGCUGUGUGCCCACCUGCUCUGAGUCUUCCUCUUCAUGCUGCCAGCAGUCUAGCUGCCAGCCGACUUGCUGCACCUCCUCCUACUGCAGACCCUCCUCCUCCGUGUCCCUUCUCUGCCGCCCCGUGUGCAGGCCCGCCUGCUGGGUGCCGGUCCCCUCCUCCUGUGCCCUCACCUCCUCCUGCCAGCCCAGCUGCUGCCGCCCGGCCUCCUGCGUGUCCCUCCUCUGCCGCCCCGUGUGCUCCCGCCCGGCCUGCUGUAGUCUCUCCUCAGGCCAGAAGUCCAGCUGCUGA